UUCGGAAACUGGACUUUUUGAUACUCUCUCUUUUUUUUAAAAGAUCUGCCAUGCUUGCUUCUGCAUUGACACGAGCUGGCACUCGCGCCGCCUCACGGCCCGCUGCUCGAGCCUCGAGACACUAUGCAACUGAAGCUGCCAAACCCAAGAAAGGUUCAUUGGGCAAAAAGCUCGUGUGGACCACUGCUUUGGCUGGCACUGUCUAUGCUGGCGCAACCUACGAAGCUCUCAACAACGAAGCAUUCUACGACACGUACACGACUUAUGUACCUGGCGGCGAACAGUUGCUCGAUGCUAUCGAAGAUGCCAUGCACGACAAAGACGUUAAAGAAAACUUCGACAAGGCCAUUGCGAUGAAGCAAAAGGCACAAAAAUACUCUGUUACACUUAAAGAAUAUGCUGUCAAAGCAAAAGACACGUCGAUGGACCUGUACGAGUACGCCAGUGACACCGUAGCUCAGCUUACCGGUGGCGACAAGGAUAGCGAAAACACCACACCAGCAACAGCAGGCAGCGGUCCAGCACCUACUGUACGAAAAACAAAGCGUAUGGGUCGUCGCGGCAGCAUUUUUGCCAACAUUAUUGAGACGGACGAAGCAGCGGCUGUACCGCAAUUCGCCACUGUGGGUGAACCCGCUAUCGACGAACUUGCAAAGACGGUACAGGAACUCGUCAAGAUGUUGAACGACGCCGGACUCAAGGGUCAUGCAAAGCGACUGGCAGAUUACGGUACACACGAAAUCGAACGUCUCCAGAACGACUACCAUCAUGUACAAACCGAGCAGGACCGCGUGUUGAAGGAUUCUGCUGCAUUGACACAGGCUGCUAGUGAUGUUGAGAAACAUAUCGAAGGUCACACUGACGAAAUUGAUAACAAGGUCAAGUCUGCUCGUCAACGAUCACGCGAUCGCGUCAUCGAAAAGGAAAACAAGAUGAAGGGUGAUUUCGCUGCUGAAGCUUUGGACUUGCAAAAGGAAAUGAACGCUAUUGCUACACAGGAGUUGGGACAGCAACGCGACGCAUUCUUGGGCAAAUUGUCUGCUGAAUUGAAGGAACGCGCUACCGAGAUCCAGCGACAGUACGUACGUGAGGUGCGUCAACAGGUCGAGACCGAGCGUGGUGGUCGUCUUUCGCGUGUUGAUGAAGUCGCCGUUCGCCAGCGUGUGUUUGAAAAGCUCUCGUAUGCCAAUGCCGAAUCACUGGAUGACGCUCGCAAGGCACAUCAGUUGACGAUCGCUGUGGAUGCCUUGGGCAGAGCAGCUUAUGCUGGUAACCAAGAAGCUUUCUUGGACGAAUUACAAGCCCUUUUGACAAUCAGCGCACCCGCCUCUCCAUUUGCUGACAUUACCGAGCGACGAAACGACGAGUUGGUCCAGGUUAUCGCCUCUAACAUUUCCGAGACCGUGGCACGCCAUGGCAUCGAUUCUAUGGCUCAAAUGGUCACCCGCUUUGCUAACGUCGCCACUGAGGUGCGACGGGCGUCGCUUAUACCCGAAGAGGGCAGCAGUAUGAUCUCGCAUAUCAUCUCGAUCAUCAUGAGCAAAUUGAUGUUCAAGAAGGAAGGAUUGGUGCCCGGUGACGAUUUGGAAGCACGCCUCGCACGCGCAGAGUACUAUUUGCACAAGGAGAAUGAUUUGGAGAGUGCCACUCGAGAAGUUAACCAGCUCAAGGGCUGGCCCAAACACUUGGCUGCUGACUGGCUUGAUGCUGCACGUCGACAUUUGGAAAUAAAGCAGGCUUUAGAGAUCAUGCGAACACAAGCCAUGCUGGGUAGCAUGCAACAGCUUUAGAAUGUAUUAUCUUUCCUUCGUGUUGGAAAAUCUCAAUCAAAACAAUACAAAAGCAAAAGGCAAAAAUCAUAACAAUAAAAUUUUAACAUGUUU